UCAGUCUAGAGUUGUAAAAACAAGAAGAACGAGACUCCGAAGUUCACCACUCUGCAAAUCUCUCUCUCUCUCUCUAAAAAUGACGAUGUUUCACUUCUUCAACUGUGCAAUUCUGACCUUCGGCCCUCACGCCGUUUACUACUCGGCCACCCCCUUAUCUGAGUAUGAUACACUUGGAACCUCAAUUAAAGCAGCUGUUGUUUAUCUUAUAACAGCUUUAGUAAAGCUUGUCUGUCUUGCAACAUUUCUUAAUGUAUCUGAAAGUGACAGCUUUGAUCCAUAUCAGGUGCAUCUCUAUUUGCCUGUUUUUCCUUUUUUAUGUUCCUACCAUGCCAAAUAUCUGCCUUUAAACCACCUAGUAGCUGUCAGAUUGGGGACCUUCAUCAUGCUUACGAAUCCUAUUUUAUUGUUAAUGGGGAAAAUAUCUGCUGGUUCUAUUUCGAUGUUGACAGGGUGGGCCUUUGCUGAUUCUGUCCUGCAUAGAUUAGCACCUCUUUGGGUGGGUGCUAGAGGAUUAGAAUUUACUUGGGACUAUAUUUUUCAGGGUCUUGAAGCAAAUGCUAAUUUGGUGUUGAGUUUAUCUCUUGCUGCAUUAGGGUCCUUGAUGUGGCUUAGGAAAAAUAAACCCAAGACUUUGAUUCCUAUAAUAUAUGUAUGCGCUGGGAUUGUUGCAACAAUGCCAUCAAUCACAAGCUAUCUAAGACGAGGCUUGGGGUGGCACUUAACAAAGAUAGUAGGCUUUGAGUUGUUCACUUCUUUGGUGAUGGCUUUUAUCAGCUGGCAGCUAUUUGCUGCAUGUCAGAAACCAUCGAACUGAGGAACCAAGAUCGUAAAGGAGACGACCAGAUAGGUGAUGGUUUAGUACCCGUAUCUGACGAACUAUUUUACCAAAUUUUUAGAUAGCUGAGAAGCUCAUGCAUCUUCCGAAAUGCCUCAGUUUCAGAAUAUCUCGUCUCUGCAAUAGUCAUUUAGUAGAUUUUUGAAUGAUAACACAGGGACUUUUCACUGUUUUUCAAUUUGCAUGCCUUUUAUUGUUAUCCUUCCGUGAACUUACUCAAUUUAUUCGACUCUGUUCUCAAUAUCGAGACGUGGAAAAUGAAAUCGCUGUAUUUGACAUUUA